CCUGGAGCUGGUAUUUUUUCUCCACACUUUUCUAUUUUAUCGGCCCCUGUGUUGCGCCACAAAAUGGCCUGCCGGUGGCUGAGGUUUCUAUAAAUCUCCGGAUCCCAAGGCAUGUCUCCCUCUGAUUUCGGUGGGACCCUCUCUUCACUAGCCUCUUAAGCUCCUCGUCCCCUCCUCAAUGCUGCCGUAUGUUUCUCGCACAAUCCGAAAUGAUUACUGGCUGUAAGCCCUCUCUCUCUUCUGUUCCUGUUUGUGGCUGGAGUGCCUUCAGUCUCGACACCCACCCGACCAAGUGGCAGUUUGAGCCACAGUCGAUGAACCUGUGUUCUAUGGUCUCGCCAACGAUGUCGAGGCAAAACCAGUCAGACGAGCUGGCAUACCCGCACUUUGCCCUCAUUUACAUCGACCGGGACGGGAACCUCCGCCACGAGGCUUCCCCGUCUAUUCGCAACAGCCGCGAAGCUAUUCUUUCUCCUGGAGUCACCAAUGCAUUUCUACAGGCCGUGGCACGGUCUAGUGAAACUGUCCCGUCACAUUCUCUGCUGGAGGCUGGAGCAACCACGCCCUCACCACCACCAAGGGUAAUCGGGGGUCAGCUUCCUAUCCGACCUUUGCUCAAUCGUGCUCCUGAAAGCCCAGAGACCCUAGGCCCCGAUGGACACCAUCGUGGUGCCAUGGGCUCGGGGCCCACGAUACAGCCAGCCAUGUGGCCGCGACAGCAACAACAGCUACUACAACAACAGCAACAGCAGCCACAAAGCAGACCAAGGCCUUGGAAUGAAGAGGUUAGCAUGAGAAGCAACCAGAAAGCAUUGAUCUCAAUUCGAGACAAAGACUUCCUGCACCGGUACUACGAGAAAGUCUUCCAGAAUCUACAGCAGACCAACUGCCGAGUUCUGGCAAAGGCCUACGUGAAGCUCGUUGAGCCUCGCAAACAGGUCAAUUACCCCUAUAAUGGACGGAAGAUUGUUGCUGGCAGGACUCAGCAACUGGAGCCGGACGAGACUAAGCCGCCAUGGUGGCCCUCAGGAGUGAGCCAUCGUGAGCCAGAUCAUCUUCCCAAGGCCGAACGUAUUAGACUUCUAGUUCAUAUACUGUGCGAGCUACGCACCAGCCAUGGAGUCACCGCUCGUCGACUCAAAGAAGCCGACCAACCCAUUCGUCGACAGAUUUCCCCUACCGAGCGACUACAGAUACUGGACGAGGUUUACCGAGUCAGAGAAGAAGAAGAAAAGUUCCAAGAGGGAGUGACUGACGGCAAAGCUCUGGUGUCGAUUUCCCGAGCGAAUCUGCCCGAUACGGUGGGAGCUACCUUGGGCCAAGGAUCGCGGAGCAGAAGAAGCUCUCCAACCGACGAUGCUUCGACGCACGGAACGGAAGCGGGCGAAGAAACGAUGGGCGUCCACGGCGGCACAGUCCAGGGCACCAUCGUAUCUCAAUCUGUCUUCGCACCAGCUGACGUACCUUCCGAUCUAUCGCCAACGAAUCUCCGUCCUCCCUCCCACAGCCCAAGCCAAUUCAUCCACCAAGACCUACCUAUCCAUUCCAACUACGAACCAAGGCCCUCUCCCUCAUCACUGUCUCAACAGGAUCUAAAGAGGAAACGCCUCCGCGUGGAAUCCGAUCCAUCUACCACUACAACCCCUCAGACAUUAUCAUACUAUCCGCCCACGUUUGUCGGCUCUCAACCCUUCCUCCCCGAGUCUUAUGACGAACUUCAUUCCUACCCAGGGCAUAUCGUUCCAACAACAGCCCCCCCAGGAGCUGAAAAUUACGGGGAGCACAUGGACAGCUUUGCGUUUCCGUACUACUUUGAAAACUGAGACAAAACGAGGUUGAUAUUUCGGGUCUUUGUCUGAUGAUAACGAGUCUCCUUUGUUACGGUAUUGUUGCAUGGGAGCAGGUUGCUUAGGGUAUCUACUACAUCUUUUGUGAUGGUUUUUUUUUUCUUUUGGGAAGCGAAAGUUGUUUUGCAACAGCAAAGGGGCGUGGAGUUGGCUGGUUUAGCCGUAUUACUGAAAAUCCAAAUAAACAUUUCAGGUAUUUUCGAAACAGAGUGU